AUGUCGCUCGUAUCCGGCGAGAAGUCGAACUUCCAGUACAUUCUGCGGUUGCUCAACACCAACGUCGAUGGCAAGCAGAAGAUUAUGUACGCCCUGACCCGGAUCAAGGGUGUCGGGCGCCGCUACUCCAACCUGGUCUGCAAGAAGGCCGAUGUUGACCUGACCAAGCGGUGCGUUGGAAGCCUUCCUCCUUCCCCAAACAAACCACCCAAACAACCCAUCCGACUGACUGAUCUUGUCCGCAGCGCCGGUGAGAUCACCUCGGAAGAACUGGAGCGCAUCGUCACCAUCAUCCAGAACCCGACGCAGUACAAGAUCCCGACGUGGUUCCUGAACCGACAGCGCGACAUCAACGACGGCAAGGACCACCAGGUCAUCUCCAACGGUGUCGACAGCAAGCUGCGCGAGGACCUCGAGCGCCUGAAGAAGAUCCGCUGCCACCGCGGUCUGCGUCAUUACUGGGGUCUGCGUGUGCGUGGUCAGCACACCAAGACCACCGGCCGUCGCGGACGCACUGUCGGUGUCAGCAAGAAGAAGGGUUAA